CAGAAUCAGAGAAAUAUGAAGAUGUUGCUUUCCCUGUGUCUUUUACUUGUUGGAAUCCAUUCCAACAGUUAUUGCUAUGAGCCUUAUCAACAAGGGGUAAGAAACCAGAACCAAAGAGCACAAGAAAACCAAAACAUGCCAUUGCACAGUGUAAGGAACAGUGUUUGUCGAUUUGCAUGUUGUUUCUACAAAGAUAUUUCUUCUCGUGAAAACAACGGAAAUGUUUUCUUCUCUCCUUUGAGCAUCUCUACCGCCUUUGCAAUGCUGACUCUGGGUGCCAGAUCAGACACCCUGACACAGAUUCUUAGGGUCCUUUGCUUUAACCCUCAUCAGAUUUCUGAAAAUGACAUACAUGAAGGUUAUCGUCAACUCAUGCAAAUGGUAAACAGAAGGAAUGGGGGGUUACAGUUGAAUAUGGGAAAUGUUCUGUUUGUGCUUGAUCGACUGAAGCCACAAGAAAAAUUUUUAAGUAAUCUCAGAAACUUCUAUGAAGGAGAAGCUUAUCCUAUGAACUUCAAGAGGGCUGAUCAAGCCCAGAUAAAGAUCAAUGAAUAUGUAGCAAGAAGAACGAAUGGAAAAAUCAAGGACCUCGUAAAUAACCUAGAUCCACUUACUGAAAUUCUCCUUAUUAGCUAUAUCUAUUUUAACGCUGAAUGGGAAAAACCUUUCGAUCCAAAAUACACUAAAAUGAGCAAAUUUUUUGUGGAUGGAUACAAGGCUGUUGAAGUCCCAAUGAUGUUUGGAAUGGGCCUGUUCAAGCAUGGCUAUGAUGAGCAGCUGUCUUCCACUGUGGUGCAAAUGGAUUACAAAGGAGGUGCUUCAGCAUUUUUUAUUCUGCCUGAUAGAGGAAGAAUGAGGAAGCUGGAGAAAAGAUUGUCUUGUGAACGUUUGUCAAGGUGGACGACAUUAGUCACAAAAAGUGGAUAUAUAAAUUUGUAUCUUCCGAAAUUCACGCUUUAUGGGACAUAUAACCUAAAAGAUAUCUUAUAUAAAAUGGGCAUCAUGGAUCUAUUCACUGAUAAGGCUGACCUCUCUGGGAUCACUGGGCAGCCCCAGCACAGAAUUUCCCAGGCCAUUCAUAAGGCUGUGGUAAAGGUGGAUGAGACUGGCACCGAAGCAGCAGCUGCCACAGGCAUGGAAAUAGUGCCCAUGUCCGUUCCAGCUACCGUUAGAUUCGACAGGCCCUUCCUAAUGGUCAUAACUAUGGAGAACACUAUACUCUUCAUGGGAAAAAUUGUGAACCCUCUGAAAAAAAAUUAA